AUGAUUAAAUAGCAAAUUGAUUGCAAUAUAUUAUUUAAUUACAUUAUAUGCUUAGGACUGAUUAGAUAAUACCUUAUUCUGCUCUCUAUAUUGAUAUGUAAUAUAGACAUCUCUUCAAUACAUUAUGGUCAUACAUAAAACCAAUUGAUUAAGAUAAGUAUAUUCAAUAAGUAAAGAUUAAUUGAAAUAUCUUAGAUAGAAGAAAUAUGAUUUGGAAGAUUAAAAAAUUAAAAAAUACUUGUGACUCUAUGUGUAAGAGCUUCAACAGAUUUAAUAUUACAAGUAUAACUAUUUUUCAUUAUAAAAGGCUUUAAAUUGGCCACCACGUUCUGAAGUCAUAAUUACAGGAAUAAACAUACCAGACAUGGUUUAAGUAUUAAGAUUAAAUGGACUAAUACCUGUACCUAUUGAAGUGGAUUCUCACACUUUAGGAUGUACACUUGAUCAAUUUUAAAAAUUUUAUUCAUAAAGAGUAUCUCAUGUUUGUAUAAUUAGACUAAAGGAAUAAUGAUUUCUUAUGUAUUUGGGGCUAAAUUUGAUGCAUCUGAUAUAAUUGAUUGGGCAACAUCUAAAGAUUUAUUUAUAAUGGAAGAUGAAGCUGAAAGCUUUAAUGCACCUAAUGCUAAAUGUAAAAUUAAACUAUAUUUCAUAGUAAAUCCAAAUGUAGUCUUUUCUACUUUUAGUUUUGGUUCUAUUAAAACUUGUUCUGCUUUUUGAGGAUCUAUUAGUGUUAUUAGGAAUAAUGAAGCACUUUAUAGGAAAAUGAAAGCAAUUCAAGAAACUUUAUCCAAAAUGGUCAUAAAGAAAGUAAGAUAUUAAUUAAAACUUUUAGCUAUUUCAAGAGAACUUUAAAAAAUUUAAUCCCAAUGAUUUUGUUAAAUAGCAGAACAAUAAAUAGAAGUUCAAGAUGGAUUUUUAGCAAUUUCUUUCCUAAUUGGGAUUACAAAGAAUUUGUAGUCAAUAGUAUUCGAGGAUUCCAAAAAAACCCAGCUGAUAUUCUAUAAACUUAUAGGUUUAGAGUUCCUGAUCCUAUGUUGAUUAUGUUGGUUUUGCGAAAGAAAACUUUUGAUAUUGAUUAAUUUAAUAUGUCUAUAUCUAGAUAAUUAGUUGGUCAGAGUAUUUUGAAGAAAGGUGGUUUGCUUGUACCAGGACAUGCUGUUGAAGAGAGAAAAUUUUGGUAAAAUAGAAAUUUAAAGUUAUUUUCAUCUCAGGCUUUACCCAGUAGUUGUUGAAGAUCCUGAAACGACAUAUAAGGUUUUAAAUUCAAGGGGAAUUGAUGCCUAUAUGGGAGUGACAUAAUUGGAUAUUGUUGAAAGUCCUAUUGGAAGUUCUUACUAAUAUCCGAACAGUACUUUAGCAUAUUUUAAAAAUGUAAUUUUAUUCAAUAGAUUUACAUUAGAUUCUAUAUUUACCAAUACAUUAGAAUGCAGAUUUGAAAUCAAUAUAGAAUAUUUGUAAAGAAGUUGUUGAGGUUGUGGAGAUGUUGAAGAGUCAACACCCAAAAUUGUGA